AUGUCGACCAUAGAAAAGAGAAAAAAAAUUUUAAUCACUAUCGGACUCUUUUCAUGCAUAGAAGAUAUGGAUGAUGAUGAACAAAGGAGAAAAAAAAGAAAAUGGUCAAAAAACUGGCUGCUGGAAAGACGAAAAUUUUCUCAUAUGACUUUAUUGCGAGAAUUAGAAUCAAAUGAGCCGGCUGAUUUUAAAAACUAUCUAAGGAUGGAAAACCAUUUAUUCUAUAGUUUAUUAAAUUUAGUUAGACCUCAUAUUGAAAAACAAAAUACGGUUAUGCGCGAAUCUAUUUCCGCUGAAGAGCGUUUAGUUGCUACUCUAAGGUUUUUAGCAACUGGUCGCAGCUAUGAAGAUUUGAAAUUCUCAUGUGCUAUUUCUGCUCAAGCCCUCGGAAAAAUAAUCCCCGAAACAUGCUGGGCCAUUUACAAAGUUUUGAGAAAAGAGUACUUAAAGAUGCCAGAUAAUGAAACAGAAUGGAAACAGGUAGCUCAAGACUUUAAGACACUGUGGGACUUUGAUCACUGUUUAGGAGCCAUUGAUGGCAAACAUAUUUUAAUAAAUAAACCUCCAAAUAGCGGAUCGUAUUAUUACAACUAUAAGGGUACUUUCAGUGUUGUACUAUUUGCAGUCGUCAAUUCAAAUUAUGAAUUUAUGUACGUUCUUAGUGGUAUAAACGGAAGAGUAUCGGAUGGAGGAGUUUUAAAAGAAACGGAUUUGUAUAAAUUGCUAAUGGAAAACAAUUUGAAAAUACCAUCACCACAACCACUAAUACAAAACCAAUAUGAAUUGCCUUACGUUUUUAUUGGAGACGAAGCCUUCCCUUUGAUGGAAAAUAUCAUGAAACCUUAUUCGGAAAACUGCGCUGGCCAUGAUGAACACAUUUUUAAUUAUAGGCUAUCGCGCGCACGGCGAGUAGUGGAAAAUGCAUUUGGCAUUUUAGCUGCAAGAUUUCGUGUUUUUUUACAACCAUUAAAUAUUGACAUAAAAAAUGUAGAUGCGGUGGUUAUGGCCAGUUGUGCUUUACACAACUUUCUACGAAGAAACUCAAGCAAUUACUAUACAUCAGUAAAUCAAUUGGAUAUAGAAAAUUUGGAUACAGGAAACAUUAUACAAGGUCAAUGGCAUCACAUCGGAGAAAUGGUUCCACUUCAAAGAACUUUAAAUUAUUCAAAUCGCAACGCUAAAUCUGUAAGAGAUAAGUUCAAACAGUAUUUUAAUAAUGAAGGUAAAGUAUCGUUUCAAGAAAAAAUGAUAAAUACAAGAUAA